CUUGCGUCUGAUUUAGCUUUGCUUGCUGUUGUUACAUUCGUACAGUUGGUGCGAUUCGUAGUGAAGAUUAGAAAUUGGAACGAUAAUCCUUAAAUUUCAUAAAUCAAGUUAAAAAUUUAAGAUGGGUGAUCAAAAAAGUGAUGAUUUAGCAACUGCAAUAUUGCGGAAAAAAGAUAAGCCAAACAGGUUAUUAGUAGAAGAAGCAGUAAACGAUGAUAAUUCGGUCGUUGCUUUAUCAGAGCAAAAGAUGUGUGAGCUUCAACUGUUCCGAGGUGAUACAGUCUUGCUUAAAGGCAAACGCCGUAAAGAAACAGUUUGUAUUGUAUUAUCUGAUGAUACUUGCCCCAAUGAAAAAAUACGAAUGAACAGAGUUGUACGAAAUAAUUUGCGCGUUCGUUUAAGUGAUGUUGUCUCAAUUCAACCUUGUCCAAGUGUCAAAUAUGGCAAAAGAAUUCACGUUUUGCCAAUGGACGACACUGUUGAAGGACUUACUGGAAAUUUAUUUGAAGUCUACCUGAAACCAUAUUUUCUUGAAGCAUAUCGCCCAGUUUAUAAAGAUGACAAUUUUAUUGUUCGUGGAGGAAUGAGGGCUGUUGAAUUUAAAGUAGUAGAAACUGAUCCAAGUCCAUACUGUAUUGUCGCUCCCGAUACCGUUAUUCAUUGUGAAGGCGAGCCCAUUAAACGAGAGGAAGAAGAAGAAGCAUUAAAUGCAGUUGGAUAUGAUGAUAUUGGUGGUGUACGUAAGCAACUUGCACAGAUUAAAGAAAUGGUUGAACUACCUUUACGUCAUCCUUCAUUAUUCAAAGCUAUCGGAGUAAAACCACCACGUGGUAUUUUGUUAUACGGGCCACCUGGUACUGGAAAAACUCUUAUUGCACGUGCUGUCGCUAACGAAACAGGAGCAUUUUUCUUCCUCAUCAACGGCCCUGAAAUUAUGAGUAAACUUGCUGGUGAAUCAGAAAGUAAUUUACGUAAAGCUUUUGAAGAAGCAGAAAAGAAUUCACCUGCUAUUAUUUUUAUCGAUGAACUUGAUGCUAUUGCUCCUAAACGAGAAAAAACUCAUGGUGAAGUUGAGCGACGUAUUGUAUCGCAGUUAUUGACAUUGAUGGACGGUAUGAAACAAAGUUCACACGUUAUUGUGAUGGCUGCUACUAAUCGUCCAAACAGUAUUGAUGGAGCUUUACGUCGUUUCGGUCGUUUUGACAGAGAAAUUGAUAUUGGAAUUCCCGAUGCCACUGGCCGUCUUGAAAUUUUGCGUAUUCAUACCAAAAAUAUGAAACUUGCUGACGAUGUAGAAUUAGAGCAAAUUGCUGCUGAAACUCAUGGACAUGUAGGUGCUGAUUUAGCUUCAUUAUGUUCCGAGGCUGCUUUACAACAAAUACGUGAAAAAAUGGAUUUAAUCGAUUUGGAAGAUGAUCAGAUUGAUGCGGAAGUUUUAGCUUCUUUAGCUGUUACGAUGGAUAACUUUAAAUAUGCAAUGACUAAAAGCAGUCCUAGUGCUUUACGUGAAACAAUCGUUGAAGUGCCCACAGUUACAUGGGAUGAUGUUGGUGGUCUUCAAAAUGUUAAGAAGGAAUUACAGGAACUUGUUCAAUAUCCUGUUGAACAUCCAGACAAAUUCUUGAAAUUUGGUAUGCAACCAUCAAGAGGUGUAUUGUUCUAUGGACCACCUGGUUGUGGUAAAACAUUAUUGGCUAAAGCAAUUGCCAAUGAAUGUCAAGCAAAUUUUAUUUCUGUCAAAGGACCAGAAUUAUUGACUAUGUGGUUCGGGGAAUCUGAAGCUAAUGUCAGAGAUGUAUUUGAUAAGGCAAGAUCAGCUGCACCUUGUGUAUUAUUCUUUGAUGAGUUAGAUUCAAUUGCUAAAUCUCGAGGAGGAUCAGUUGGUGAUGGUGGUGGAUCAGCUGAUCGUGUAAUAAAUCAAAUUUUAACUGAAAUGGAUGGCAUGGGUGCCAAAAAGAAUGUUUUUAUUAUUGGUGCUACAAAUCGUCCGGAUAUUAUUGAUCCUGCUAUUCUUCGUCCGGGUCGUCUUGAUCAAUUGAUCUAUAUUCCAUUACCGGAUGAAAAAUCACGUGAAGCCAUCUUUAGAGCUAAUUUACGAAAAUCUCCUGUAGCAUCAGAUGUGGACUUAUCAUAUAUUGCUAAAGUAACUCAUGGAUUUUCUGGUGCCGAUUUGACAGAAAUUUGUCAACGUGCCUGUAAAUUAGCUAUUAGACAGUGCAUCGAAGCAGAAAUACGUAGAGAAAAGGAUCGUAUGAAUAAUCCUUCAGUUUCCAUGGAUACGGAUGAAGAUGAUCCAGUACCCGAAAUAACAAGAGCUCACUUUGAAGAAGCAAUGCGAUUUGCUCGACGUUCGGUUUCAGAUAAUGAUAUUCGAAAGUAUGAAAUGUUCGCACAAACACUUCAACAAUCUCGAGGUUUCGGCACCAAUUUCAGAUUUCCUCAAAGUUCAACAGGUGGUGCCCAAGAUACCACGCAGGGUGAUCAAGCUUUCCAAGAUGAUGGUGAUGACGAUCUCUAUAGUUAAGUCUUCGCUUUUGUGUAUUUCAUCACAGUGAGUUCACUACGAAAGGGCCUGUCUUACUAUAUCUUUUGUGUAAACUUUACACAUUCAUUAUUUUUAACGAAUUAAACAAUUUAUGAAAAGAAAAA